UUCAACGUUUUCAUCCUUUUCAUCUGACAGCUUUUUAUUCACAAAUCAAAUUCUAUAAAUUGUAAAUAAAUACUUAUAUAGAAUAAGUACAAGUUAAAAAGUCUUGGUUUCUGUAAUCGACAUAUUGUAAUCUGCCAUCGUUAAUUUAAUGUUUGUUUCGUCACGGAAAAUCGUCGAGUUUACAAAAGUAAAUAAAUGUUGAUAUGGCAUUAAUCAUGAAUAUUUAAUUGGAUCAAUUCUACCUAUUCGACAUUGUAGAUUACUUUCGAAGUAAUUUUUUCUUUCAUUCGUUGCCAUGGAUCGUUCGAAUGAUUACAGCGAUACUUCUGACUACAAUGAGUUGUUUCUCGCAGUCCACAAUGGAGACUUAAACCUUGUUCAUUCUCUGCUAAAAAAGUAUUCGGCGACGGAAACAAUUCGUGGCAGGACAUUGCUGCAUGUGGCGACUGCAAGAGGACAUGCAGAGAUCGCAAAACUGUUCAUCACUAACCGAGACGGAAGAGAAAAUACACCUCUGCAUUUGGCGAUAAGCGAAAACCAGCCUGAGUUAUUCAAUCUUCUUUUAAAAGAUAGUAACUUGAACGCAAGAAAUCUCAAUGGUGAAAGACCACUUCACUAUGCAGCUUUGUUUAAUCGUUCUGAAUUUGCAAAAAAUCUUAUAGAUAAUGGCGCGAUUAUUGAAGAAAAAGAUAGUGAGGGUAAAACACCUUUUUAUGUUGCAAUGGCGAAAGGAAGCGUUCAAAUUGCCGAAAUUCUUUUUAAACAUGGUGCGGUUUUAAGUGACUACGAUUUGAAAAAUAUGGCACCUCUUUGUAACGCAGUUGAGGAAGGAAAUUUUGAAAUGGUAAAACUGCUUAUGGUGAACGGAUGUAACACAGUCGACAUUCCAAGUAAAUAUGGUUCUUCUCUUUACCAUGCAGUAUCAUCUGGUCAUUUGGAAAUUCUAAAAUAUCUCAUGAAAAAUGGCUUGAAAAGUAGUUCAACAGUUAAUUAUGAUAAAGAAGGCUUAUUUAAUUCAAGUAUUUCAAAAGGCAAUUUAGUUACUUUUAAAUAUUUAAUCGAUAUUGGCAUUAAGACACAAAAAUUAUAUAAUAUUUUUAAUAGAAUAAUUAUUAGGGGUCAUCAUGAAAUGUGGAAAUAUUUAUUAACAAGUUUGUCGAAAAUUAGUGCAAAAACGUAUUUUAAAGAGAAGCAGCUUCAUUUGGCUAUUCGAAUGGGCCAAUUAGAAACUGUCGAGGCUAUUGUAAAUGAACCAUCAAACGAAUAUGAAUCGGACAGUUUCGCCAGAAAAUUAGCCGUUUACAUUGCCGUUGAAAGUGGCAGUGAAGAAAUAUUAGAAAUUCUUCUAAACGCUCGUUAUCCCAUUGCCACUCUGUUUAAAUUUAUAAGUCCCCUUCACCUUGCAGCAACAUUCGAGCACCCGAAACUAGUGAAACUGCUAUUGAAAGCCGGAGUUGAUGUUAAUUUGCAAACUGAUUAUGGCCUCACCCCAUUACAUUUCGCAGCAAUUUCAGCGCAGCCAGCUGUAGUUAAGUUUCUUCUUAAAAAAGGUGCUGAUCCCUUUAAAAUCUCCCAAUGCAGUCAAUCACCGUUAAAAAUGGCCAUAAAGAUAUUUUCUCCGUUUUGUGAUCCUGUACCUGUUUCUGCAUUAGCAUUUGAGAGAUUGGUCAAAAUAACGAAGAUGUUAAUUCGAUAUUCAAAAUCGGAAGCUAUUGAAAGUUUACUUUCACCUGCAGUUAGAAUAAGGGUUUUAUCAAGUAUCAAUGAUUCAAAUUCAAAGUCUGAUGGACUACUAUCUGACGUAGGAAAUUCCGUAUUUCGUCCUGAAAUUGUUGAAUGCAUAUUUAAUUAUCUAAAGAAAGAAAAAAUUAAAUGUUGUUCUGAGUCAGUUCUAAAUGAUGAUAAUGAUCCAUCUGAAUAUACACCAGAGUUGCUACAACUUAUGAUGGAAUACAAUGAUACGAAAUCUUGUUUCAAUAUAGAAAUAAACGUUUCCGAUAGAAAUUACAAGUGCCAAUUACUCAUAACUGGUUACUCUAAAAACGUUAAAGAUAUUUUAAGUGUUAUUUCUGAACUUUUUUAUACUUACACGGAGAGAAAAAUCAAUCGUUUAUAGCAUGAAUGCUUUGUAUUUUAAAAGUAUGAAAUGUUAGUAUACUAUGACUGCAAGAAAGUAUACUGCGAUUGCAAGAAUCCUAUGCUUUUUCGGUAUUAGACCCUUGCAACUGGCUAUUAGGCCACGCCCAGAGCCUGGGCCGACCAAUCACAUUGCAGAAAACUUUUACCGAAAUCGCAUAGGUUUCUUGCAAUCGUAGUAUGAAGAACUUCAUGCUAAAAAGCCCAGAUAUUUCUCUCCGUGUACGAUGAAGAUAACGACAAUGACGUCGAAAAGAAGAGUAAAAUAAAUUUCUUAAAAUUGUUAGUAUGUCGUUUAGUAUUGGGGGCCGUCUAUAAACCACGUAGCCCCAUUUUUUGAGAAUUUUGACCCCCCCCUCCCCCCAUGUAGUACG